CCCAAACUGGGAAAAGCCAUUCGCUCUAAAAUUCCUAAACCUCCCCGCGAUUGCCCACAAAAAUAAAAAAUAAAAAAGCGCCGGCCUCUCAUUUCAUCGCGAUAUCGAAAAGGAAACCGAAACACCUUGCCACUUGCCACUUGCCGUCCUGCCUGUCCUGUCAAACGAACCAUGGAGGAUAAAAUUACCGCAAUCCUACCGUCGCUCGACCCCGUCAUCACCGAGUAUUCCGUCGGCUUCCUAUCCCAUGCCGCCACAUCCACCUCUCCGGAGGCCGAUCUCGAGCUGGCCGAAGCCAUCAGCACCGUCACCCAGAUCUUGCUCGAUGCCGCGCCGCCCGCCCUCGAUCAGGCAAAGAUCACGGGCAUGAUCGCGCAGCUCGUCGCCCAGCUGGAGGCGAAGCAUGGCAGCCGCAAGGAAUCUUCGUCCCAGGCGAAGUCGAAGCGGUUGGACCAGACCAUUCACGUGGCUUCGCACAAGAGCAUCUCCGCGACGAUGGGGCUCCUCGGGAGCGGGGUAGACCUCGACGCCGUCGGGUCGCGUAAGGUCGAGAGCAGGGUCGACAAGAAGAAGCUCGAGAAGGCCGAACGCAAGAUCAAGGCAAAGCAGGAUAAGAAGGUCAUGAAGAACGUCGAGUACGAGGCAUCCAAGCUCGUCGGUGGCGAUGACCAGCAGGCGUACGAGGAGUUCUACAUGACGGUCAAUCCAUUGACCCUGGACUCGGCGUCGGCCGGAAAGAGCAAGGAGAUUAAGGUCGAGGGUAUUGAUCUGUCGAUCGGCGGUCUGAGGAUCCUGACCGACUCCACUCUUACUCUGGCCUAUGGCCGGCGGUACGGUCUUGUGGGAAAGAACGGUAUCGGAAAGUCCACACUGCUGAGGGCACUCUCCCGGAGAGAAGUCGCCAUCCCGACUCACAUCACCAUUCUCCACGUGGAGCAAGAGAUCAUGGGAGACGAGACUUCAGCUAUACAGGCAGUCCUGGACGCCGAUGUCUGGCGGAAGCACUUGCUGAACGAGCAGGCGCGGAUCACUCAGGAGCUGAACACCCUCGUGAACCAGCUGGAUCCGGUCACUGUCACCAGCGACAUGGGCUCCAAGACACGUCAACGCGACGAGUUGGACGCCCUGCUCACCGAUGUGCACUCAAAGUUGGCCGAGAUGGAAGCCGACAAAGCCGAAUCCAGAGCUGCCGCAAUUCUUGCCGGUCUGGGAUUCUCGCCCGAGAGGCAGCAGUUUGCUACCAAGACGUUCUCUGGAGGUUGGCGAAUGCGUCUGGCGCUGGCCCGUGCCUUGUUCUGUAAACCUGAUCUCCUGCUUCUCGACGAGCCGUCGAACAUGUUGGACGUUCCUUCCAUCACCUUCCUUUCCGAGUACCUACAGACCUACCCAUCCACCGUCCUGGUCGUGUCUCACGACAGAGCGUUCCUGAACGAGGUCGCAACCGACAUCAUCCACCAGCAUUCCGAGCGAUUGGACUACUACAAGGGCGGUAACUUUGAUUCCUUCUAUGCCACCAAGGAGGAGCGACGGAAGACGGCGAAGCGCGAGUACGAGAACCAGAUGGCGUACCGUAAGCAUCUGCAGACUUUCAUCGACAAGUUCAGGUACAAUGCCGCCAAAUCUUCCGAGGCGCAGAGCAGAAUCAAAAAGUUGGAGAAGCUGCCCAUUCUGGAGGAGCCGGAUGACGAAUACUCGGUCGUGUUCAAGUUCCCCGAUGUCGAGAGUCUCAGUCCGCCGAUCAUGCAGAUGUCGGGCGUUUCGUUUGCGUAUACGCCUGGACGGCCUAUUGUCGAGAAUGUUGAUCUGGAUGUACAGCUUGACUCACGUAUUGGUAUCGUUGGACCCAACGGUGCCGGUAAAACUACCGUCCUCAAGCUUCUCAUCGGCCAACUCGAGCCAUCCAAGGGACUGAUUAGCAAGCACGCUCGUCUGCGUGUCGGAUUCUUCGCCCAGCACCACGUCGACGCUCUGGAUCUGACCAUGAGUGCCGUCAGUUUCUGCGCCAAGCUCUUCCCCGGCAAAACCGACGAAGAGUACCGACGCCACCUCGGAGCUUUCGGUAUCACGGGUACCACGGGACUGCAAAAGAUGGGCCUGCUCUCCGGAGGACAGAAAUCACGUGUGGCCUUUGCAUGUCUGAGUCUUACGAACCCGCACAUCCUGGUUCUCGACGAGCCUUCCAAUCACUUGGAUAUCGAGGCCAUGGACGCCCUCUCCGAUGCCCUGAGACAGUUCCAGGGUGGUGUGCUCAUGGUUUCUCACGACGUUACCAUGUUGGCCAGUGUUUGCACGCACCUGUGGGUCUGCGACAACGGCACCGUCGAGGCUUUCCCGGGUGAUAUCAAUGCGUACAAGAAGCGCAUUCUCGAGCAGGCUGGUGCAGACGGUGUGGUCAAGCAGAAUCAUCAUAGUUAGUUGGGUGGCUCAGCCGGUCAGGUUGGGUUGGGUUCGGUCGGGUUGGGUUGGGUCAGGUUCAAGGGGAGAAAAAGGAGUUAUUGGGUUUGCGUUUGUGUCGUACACAUUGUUUACAUAUCCGAAGACAUUCGUUCAUUCACCGU